GUGUGUAUACAAUACGAUAAUAAAUCUAGUGUAGUUGCUGAUAAAUAAAACUGAGCAGAAUGUUACAUAAUCACUUCUUUUGAGACUGGAGUGAAGUCUAAAUAUCACGCAAGUAUCUAGACAAUUCCAACAAGAGUGUGCUAUACUGCUUUGUGAUUUAAUAUGAAUAUGAAAAUUAUGAUGUUCUGCUGAUGUGCUUGCAAAUGCAAUCCGAUGAACGGUGGUGCAUGGAUGGUACAACGAACAUACACACUGACAAGUGACAGUGACACAUGACUUGUGACAUAUUUAUGACAUUGCUGUACUUUUUGAGUUGAAAACCGUUGCCAUGGGGAUGGUCUUCCUUUACACAUGCUCACAAUAAUACUGUCUUCAGUGUUAUUAUGUUGCUGCAAAUAUUAAGGUCCAGCUGUGGUAGCACUGGUAUACUCCCAGGGUCAACAAGGAACAGUUUGUCCCCGAGAGUCCUUGUCCGAACUUGGAGUUCUUCUUCUUCGCUACUUCAGCAGAGAAUGCAACGCCUGGUUCUUGGGAUUGAGACGAGUUGUGAUGAGACUGGAGCUGCAGUGAUUGAUGAAGAUGGAAAGAUUCUUGGUGAAGGAUUGUACUCGCAAAAAAGAAUUCACGUCAAGAAUGGAGGAAUUAUUCCGCCCCUUGCACAGGAUCUUCACAGACAACACAUUAAUUCAGUUGUGCAUCAAGCACUGGACUCAGCUGGUGUAAAACUAAAGGAUUUAUCGGCAGUAGCAACCACCAUCAUGCCUGGCCUUGCGUUAUGCCUUCAGGUCGGUCUACAGUACACCAAAGAUUUAUUACGGCAUACCAGCGUGCCAUUUAUACCAGUACAUCACAUGAAAGCUCACGCACUCACAGUUCGAAUGAUAAAACAGGUUGAUUUUCCCUUCCUUGUAUUGCUCGUCUCGGGCGGCCAUUGUUUAUUAGCAAUUGCUAAAGGAGUAGAUGAGUUUCUGUUGCUUGGGAGGACUUUAGACAAUGCACCCGGAGAAGCAUUUGAUAAGGUUGCUCGUAGACUGAAAUUACAACAUCAUCCUAAGUGCCAAGGUAUGUCUGGUGGUCAGGCUAUCGAGUAUAUGGCACAAGGUGGUAAUAUACGACUCUUAAUGGAUAAAGAUAGACCGUUACUCAAAGUCCGAGAUUGUAACUUUUCAUUCUCUGGUUUGAGGAGUGUAGCUCAGUGGAUCAUAUACAACCAUGAAGUUAAACAAGGUGUUUCUUGCGAUGAUGGCAAUCACUUAAAGACAAUUUCAGACAUAGCUGCUUUAUUCCAACAUAAAGUAGCCCAUCAUUUAGUCACCAGAGUCGUAAGAGCCAUGGAGUUUGCUAAAAGGGAAGAACUGAUACCGGACAACUUAAAGUCCUUGAUAUCCAAUUGGUUUAGACAUCUCCAAACAAGUGAGGGCAGCAGACAUCAAAAUAAAGCGGGUCAAGUUCUGGUGAAAGGUCAGAGAGAAUCACAGAGAGAAGAAGGAAUUUCUGUCAUAGAGAGUACUUCAUCAAUCGACUACUUGGUGCAUGAAGAUUAUGCUCAGUUCGAGACUUACUAUAUUCUGUUCACUAAACAUGAGUACCUCAUAGAGCUAUAUAUAUUGACUAGAGCGCUAACUUGCUCUGCGUUUUGAAGCCACCCUAGGCGCAGACAUGUUUGAUGUGUCCUGUGAUUUUUUAAAUAUUCGUCGUGUGCGCUUACGUAUGCGACUGCCCCAAUGGGGUAGGUCCCCGCUACGAAAACCGUAACUUCGACUUGAUUGACGUACUUGAAAAAAAAAAUACGCGCCUUUUAAACACGACGCACAUGAAGCUCGCAGUUUGUGACGCUGAUCAGCAGAUUGUGCGUUCACAUUUGCCGCUUUUUUUGCUUCGAUGACACAUAAAAAAGAACU